CUAUAGUGUAAAAGGCGACAGCAGAGAGGAGCCGCUCUCAGACCUCUCACACUCCACCAGGCGGAUGUUGGCUGUGGACUGCGUUCUCCAUUCCUGAAGCUGUUACCUUACUCCUUGCCUGUCACCACAGCUGCUUUUGCUUUAUUCCGGGCUGCUCAUUGUGGUUUUAUUGUAGCCUUUGGAAGCAUUAUUGGAGGCUUUCUGCGAGCACUGAGAAGUGACGAUUUAUUUUUGCAGUUGAUUUUUAUUUUUUCCUGAAGCAAAGUCCUGCAAGGGAGACUGGUGACUAUAUGGAUUACUCCAGCAAUAUGAUGGUGGAUGGGGACGUCAGGAUGCCCGGGAAGGAUAAGCUGCUGCAGGGCACUGAGGACAGGACUGACAGUGGUCUGGACUCUCUGAAAGAAGAGGAAUACAAUGUCAUAGUCCGGGACCUGCAGAACCUCCGCAUGCCAUCAGAGACCACUAGCCCGAUCUAUGAGCCAGAGCCAUGGAAACUCCAGGCCAACGAGGACGGAGAUACACUUCUCCAUUUGGCAAUUAUUCAUGAGGCAAAAGAUCUGGCCCUGGAAGCAAUCAGCAGAUCAUACAGAGACGCUUUUUACCUGAAUCGGCAGAAUCACCUUCACCAGACACCACUGCAUCUGGCUAUUAUAACGGAACAGUGUGACCUUGCUGAAAAGCUCUUAAAAGCUGGUUGUGACCCAGAAAUCCGAGACUAUCGCGGGAAUACUCCCUUACACAUUGCCUCUGAAAAGGGUUCACUGCGUGGGGUCGGAGUAAUAGUCCAGAACUGUAAUGUGCAACUAUCAACACUUCUACAGAAUGCAAAUUAUGAAGGUCACACAUGCCUACACCUGGCAUCCAAUAACGGUUUUCUUGCCAUUGUUGAGAACCUGAUCAUGUAUGGUGCAGAUGUUAACGCACAGGAGCCAUGUAAUGGACGCACAGCACUACACAUGGCUGUGGACAGACAGAACUCUCAGCUGAUGCAUUUGCUGCUUAAAUAUGGGGCAGAUGUGAACAGGAUCACAUACCAAGGCUACUCACCAUGCCAACUUACGUGGGGUAGAAGCAACCUCGAGAUUCAGCAGCAUCUGCUCGCUGUGACUGAAGAGAAUUUGCAGUAUCUGCCAGAAAGCGAGGACGAUGACAGUUCCGGAUCCGAAUCGGAUCAUUCAGAUGAUGAGUACCCGUAUGAUGACUGCAAAUUUACAUGCCAAGGACUGAAUUAGACUGGUGUAGGAUGAGUGGACAAGAGAGGUGUAUUAUGGCAAAUUCAUGUCUAGUACAAGAGACGGCAGCACUGGGACUGGUGAUGACUCUUCCCAGAUCUCGAAGGAAGAAAUACUCCAUAGUAGAGUUCCAGAGCCUGAGGUGCUUGUGCUGUUCUGGAGCUCCAGAUGUUCUACAUGAGUCCAGAGGUGGAUGUAUCUAGAGAAGGCCAGAAGCAACAGGGUGUUCUUAAGACUGAACAACAUGAACAGUCCUCUGGAAAGAAAAUGGAAUGCAAGAACUUUGAACUUUUGAAAAACUCAAUGAGGGGCGUGUUGAGAACUAUUACCUCCCUGAGACAUUGAUGAGCAUUAUAACUGAGAAAAUGUGUUUUUAAAAAUGUAUGUGUGCAGCCAAAGUAAUAAGUCUAUUGGUUAAGUUCUAGCUCUUGAAAGAGUACUUCCAGCUUUAGUGGAGCUGUGAAGAGCACAGGAAGCCUUUACGUGGCUCCCGUUACUGCAAGCACAGAAAGCCUUUACGUGGCUCCCAUUACUGCAAGCAAACAGUAUUCUGAAAAUCAGUCGGUAAAACUCAGUAGAGCUACCUUUUUUAUUUUAGCGCUAUAUACUGUCUGGAUCCUCUUCUCUUUUUUUUUUUU